GGCAUCCAGCAACAGGUGCGUCAGGCUCUGAAAACGCUGGUCCGUGUGUCACCGCUCAGUUCCUACGGUCUAUCCGCCCGCACCCGCAGCCUGCGACCGGAACGUCUCCGCGGCUGGCUAAAAUACUGUCAACAGAGACGCUUCUGUCUCCUCGUGGAACGUUUUCUGCGUCUUUUGGCUGCGCCCUGGACGUCCAACUGUGAACUGCACUCAAAGAUCUGCCUGCAAGUAUUUGACUUGGCCAUUGGGCUGUGGAAAACGCCCAUCCUCCUGCAACUGCAGUGUCUGUCCGCUUCCACCGACGGCGACGAUUUUGAGGGUAAAAAACCGCCUGAUCUCCAGGCUCUGCCUCUCGCCGUCUCAGGUCUGCGCUGUCUCGCGCUCGUCGGUAGCAAUUCUGUGAUGGUGCAUCUGCGCCUCUUUGAAGUACUCUGCCCCUGGGCGGAAGGCAUAAUUACCAUUUUGUUAAACAAGGAUCGAUCAAAUCUGAAUGACCGUCUACAGGUGGGUUACUUCUCCCUCCCGCCUUCCCUCUCCUACUUGUUAGAUGACCCUGAACGUGUCUUAACAGUGAUUAUAAAGACACAUCUAGCGGUGGAUGUUGUGAGACAACUUCUAACUGGCGAGAGAGACACGCCCUUAACGCCCUGUAAAAAUCUUGAGCAAUGGAUGCGCAGUGUUAACUUUCCGGACCAGGGCGUCAGUGUUAUGGUCUGUCAGACAGAAGGUGUCAUUUACGUAUCGACCGUAACGUUCGAGGUCAUUGAUGGUGCGCAUCCACCGCUCACCUUUUCUGCAGAGUCUGAGGUUGAUAAGGAAAUUGUGUUUAUUAAGUUGAAUGACCUUGUUCUCACCCUGCGCUCCAUCUACGAUUACAUGUGCCUGCUCUUUGAGGCUCUGGAUCCGAAACAGAUCUCGCUGCCUCAGGGAGAUUCGCCCUCAGCAGCACUGCCUGAUGUUCGCUACUGGGAUCUGGUACACGAAGCCACUGCUGAACACUUGCAGUCACACGCCUCAAUCGACCCUGCUCUUCUAGACUAUUUCGCGUUUGUUUUCAAUCUGAAAAAGGCCCUCUGUGGCCCCGUCGCCCGUUCCACAGGCAGCCCACGCAGUGACCUUCUGACCUCCUUUUAUGCUACGGAAUAUGGCCUGGAGGAGAUCUGUACCUUUGCCUCCACUCAACACAAUUUUGCCCAACAGCCCUGGUACUCUUGUCACACUUGUGAUAUGGUCAACACUCGCGGCGUCUGCCACCUCUGCGCUCAACUCUGUCACGCUGGCCAUAGUCUCACCUUUUCGACCACCACUGCAGCAGAAGAAGAAGAACAAUCACAGUCUCUUCUCAGCCUUCCUGCCCUGGACGAAUUGUAA